AGUGUAAAAAAAAGGUAAAAGAUAAUAAUGAAAUAAACAAGGCACAUAAAUAAUUGAAAAGAAAAUUGGGAAGCACUGAAAAAUGGUUCCGAGGCAGUUCCGUUCCAUUUCAGUAGACAUCGCAAUCUGAAGUCGAUUCUUACCUUCUCCAAACCAAAACCUCCUCCUCUUUAUCUUCAACAUUUUCCCGGAAAAUCGUCUCAAUUUUCUCGGCAAGAUUCCUUUCCUUUCUUCCAUCUUCACUGUCCUCUGAAUUCCAAACUCUCUGUGUGUUUUUGAUUCCGCCUUCUCUUUGUUCAAGCAGCUUUUGUAUGACAUAGAUUGUAGAUUGUGAUACAACUCGGCUCCCAUGUCUUUGAAGAGUUUAAUUCAGGAAAUGAGAUCCAGGUCCCGCCGGGUGGUGCAGGACGGAUCGGCGGCUGAAGUAGGCGACGGUUUGGCGCAGAGCUGCUGGGCGUACAUGCCUCAGGAGUUACUGAGGGAGGUGCUGAUUAGAAUCGAGAGCUCCGAGAAUGCUUGGCCUCCGCGGAAGAGCGUCGUGGCGUGCGCCGGAGUUUGCCGGAGCUGGAGACGGAUUACCAAGGAGAUUGUUAAAACUCCGGAAGUUUCUGGCAGAUUGACGUUUCCUAUAUCCGUCAAGCAGCCUGGCUCAAGGGAUUCGCUUGUUCACUGCUUCAUAAAACGGAAUCGGUCCGCACAAAGUUAUUGCCUUUUCCUUAGUUUGACUAGUGCACUUGCUGACGAUGGAAAGUUUCUUCUUGCUGCACGCAAGUGUCGACGGGCCACCUGCACUGAUUAUAUAAUAUCUUUGCAUGCUGAUGACAUGUCCAAGGGAAGUGGCACCUUUGUUGGGAAAUUAAGAUCUAAUUUUUUAGGAACCAAGUUCACAAUCUUUGAUGGACAGCCACCUCAUGCAGGAGCCAAGAUUUCAAAAAGUCGCUCCUCUAGGCUUGUGGGUCUCAAACAAGUGUCACCUAGAGUUCCGGCCGGCAACUACCCUGUGGCUCACAUCUCAUAUGAGUUAAAUGUCUUGGGUUCAAGGGGACCAAGGAGAAUGCAUUGUGUCAUGGAUGCUAUUCCUUCAUCUGCUAUUGAACCAGGAGGGGUGGCUCCAAUACAGACUGAAUUCUCCCCAAGCCGUAUCGACUUUCUUCCAUCAACGAGAUUUUCCCGUUCAAAAACGAAUCACACGGAUGAUCUUCAAUCAUCAGGAUCUUCAACCAAUCAAAAAGAUGGAGUUUUGGUUCUUAGAAACAAGGCUCCACGGUGGCACGAACAGCUCCAGUGUUGGUGUUUGAACUUCCAUGGGCGAGUGACGAUUGCUUCAGUGAAAAACUUUCAGUUAGUAGCUUCACCCGAAAAUGGACAUGCCGGACCUGAACAUGAGAAGAUCAUCCUUCAAUUCGGAAAAGUGGGAAAGGAUGUAUUCACAAUGGACUACAGAUAUCCAAUCUCAGCAUUUCAAGCUUUUGCCAUCUGCCUCAGCAGCUUUGACACAAAGAUUGCUUGUGAAUGACACGUCUUUGAGCAGAAGCAUGUAAGCGCACGCAGUGGGCUUUUCGCUUGACGGCGAGAACUACUGAAUGGAUGAAAGAUCCUUGAACUGGAAGGAAAUGCAAGCUUAGUUGGAAGUCAGGCUUUGGAUUUCACUGCUCAAUCUCCAACGUUUGGUAACUUUUUGUGUCCACAGUACAUUGAAUAUUUAUUUUCGUUGAUGUAAAUAGUUAACUCUUUGUAUGAUUUGAUGCACCAAGGGGCUCCGUUCCUAAUCAAAUAUACUUUACUUCACUGGUGCUUGAUUUUUA